AUGGCGCCUGCGACUGUGAUCCUCGAGAUGGAAGUGCACUGUAAUGGCUGCGCGAGGAAGAUCGAGAAGACGAUCAAGAAAAUUUCAGGGGUGGCGCUGGCGACGGCGAGCCUCGGGUCGCCGGGGACGGUGGUGGUGCACGGCACCGCCGACGCGGCGGCGAUCCAGGCGCGGCUCAAGGCCAAGAUUAAGAGGGACGUCGCCAUCGUCAGCAUCACCGCCGGCGCCGUCGAGCCACCUCAACAAGCCCCGCCGGCGGCUGCUCCGCCUCAGCAGGCGGCGCCGCCGGCUGCUCCGCCGCAUCAGUACGGCGGCGACUACCGGCAGCACGGCAGCGGGAACAGCUUUCGGUACCCGCCGUCCUACUUCAGCGAUGAGAACCCCAACACCACAUGCGCGGCUGCUGGUCGGCGGUGGCCACCGCCGUCGGUCUCCUCCGUGAAGGAGAAGCUGGACGAUGCCGCCGCCGAGAACGCGGCCGUAGCCGGGGGUGCCGGCGGUAGCGGCAACGGCGCCUCGACGUCGGAGUCCUCGCCGGCUGUCGCCGUCCUGCAGAUUGAUAUGGAUUGCUGGGGACACAGCAAGAUGGUCAGGAAGCUUGUGAUGGACUACCCCGGCGUUGACAAGGUGACGGUGGACAUUCCAGCGAGACGGGUGAUGGUCGCCGGGAAGUUCGACGUGCAGUGCUUGGAGUUGCUCCUCCAGGUCAGGUCGAAGAAGAAGGUCACCAUCAUCAGCGCCCCCGCGCUGGCCAUUGCCGGCCGGUGA